AUGGUACGCGGUCUGGAAAGGGCCCGCGAGCUGCAUGACGCCCUCCAGGUUGCAGCGGAUGCGAAGGAUCUCAAUGAAGUGAAACGACUCCUCAUCUGCAUCAGAGACGAGGUCGAGUGGUCCUUCCCCCUCUCCGAGCGGGUGCAUUUACCAAGGUUGGUUUCCUCCGUUCAAGCCAACGUUCUUCGAGGAGAUGCAGCACUCGUUGAACUGGCGAGGGCGGUGCACGCCAAGCUGGAAGCGCAGAAACACGUCACCCCAGAGAACGUCGCCGAGCGUUGGUGGACGGAACCGGAGCUGGUCGGCUCUCAACCUGAGGCUGUGACGCUGCUCUUUCGUGAUGCCACGGCCGACUACGAGGCGUUUGGGGAGCAGGAGAUCUGGGCAGACGAGGCCGUCGAGGCAAGCGUGGAUGAGCCUGUCCUCAACGCCCUCCUGCGCUUCCGCGUCCGCACGAACAGGAAGUACAGGCAUCCCUUCCGACCCACGCUCAACUUUGACGUCGUGCUUCCGGGGGCGGGAGAGGCUGCGCCCAAACGCGUGAACAUCAACGACUGCGACGCGCUGCUCGUCAAGGACGUCCUCGGCCGCCUGGGGGCCGAGCCCUCGCCCGUCGUGCGGUACGUACGUAACGACCGUCAAAACAUGGAGGCGGACAUGUUCACUAUCAACUCGGUGCCGCCAUGGAAGAGAGAGCUGCCGGGCUGGUUCCCCCCCGCGCCCGCCUCCUGGCUGACGCCCGCCCCCCCGCGCUCCUUCGCGGACCCGUCUGUCGUCGCCGAAAACGGGACGAUCGUGUACAAGCAGGCGCCGCUGCUGCACUACCCCGGGGACGGCCGCAACAUCCUCCCCGGCAUGGCGGCCCCGCCCGCCGUCGCCACGCACCUCUACGUGCCCGUGCACGCGUGGGGAGAGACCACCACGUACGCCAUGCUGGGCCCCGAGGACUGCGUGCGGCCGGCCGACAGGCUCGUGGUGCCGCUCACGGACGCGCAGGCGCGCAGCGUGCUGGGGCGCACCAUUCAGUUCUCGACGGCGCCGCUGCCCGACGACGCGCACGCGGACGGCGGCCCGCCGGCGAAGCGGCGCAAGAAGGAGGCGGGCGGACGCCGCACGGGGCUCCCGCGGCAGACCACCGCGGCGUGGGGGUACGACCCCGCGGCGCGCGUGCUGCACUGCAUGUACCCGGCCGGGUGGGCGGGCACGGAGCUCUUGCUGGACGUGGGCGAGCCGGGCUGGCACUGCGAGUACGGGGCGUCUCGGCGCGAUGCGUUUGCGGUAAAUAAGCACCACGCGUACUGGCUCGGCGUCGUCAGCUCUCCGGAGGACCGGCGGCUGGCGGCGUUGGGCGCGGCGCUGCAGGGACCGGGUGAGGGCGGUGCUAGUCGCGAGCAGGAGGGGGAGGUGAAGAAGAUCGACAUCGAUGCGCUUGCGGCGUCUUUGAACGUCUCCGAGGCGACGCGGGUCUUUGAGGUCCUCGACGACGAUGAGAUGCUGCUGGGCGAUGUGCAGCUAGCGAAAGGCGACUUGGACUUUGAGUGCGUGAUCGAGGGACUGAAGCCGGGCGUGUGGCGCAGUGCCGUGUCCGUCGCGGGCGACGACCGCUUCACCGAGGUCCGGCUGCUCUGGGCAAUGCCGGGCAGGGUGGAUUACGGGGCGCCGGCGGCGCUCGCGUCGGAUACCAUAGGCGGUGGAUCUGGAGAAAGCGGGGCCGGUGCGGGGCCGUGGGAGAAGAUCGGGUCAUACAGCAUCGAUUCUGGGAGCACUGGGGCGAUCAUGCGGUCUGUGCUCGACGGCGACGUGCUCACGGACGACGACAUCGACGUGGAGAGCGCGCUCGAGAUGCUGAUGGACCUUGCGCUCGACGGCAACGUGGGGGGUGGCUGUCCGGCCGUCCCGGGCGGCGUGGUGUUCAUGGGCGACGAUGGGGGUUAUGCGGUGCUCGGGCGGAAGGACGGGCAAGGGUCGAUUGUUGCUGUGGCGAUCAGGAUGCCUGCGUUUUCGGAGUAG